CAAUCGCAGGCACUGCAAUGGCAUGUAAAUAUUGGAGGACGCCAGACUUCGCCCUCAAUUGAUGGUAUAAGCAGGCAGUGCAGCCCUCAGUAAGUGCAUCGACUUGCGAGCAGUAAAGACAUUUAAGACGCAUGGUCCGCUACAUGAAGUUUCAUUCACAUAAACCUCAGAUCAAUGAGAUUAGUGGAGUCACUGCGGAAAGACCCACCCUUUGUCACCCAGUUUUUAAGCAAACAAAAUGGCAGCGACUGACACUUACUCUAUUUCCACUUUCCAGCCUUGUCGGACUGACUCCUCGCUGCACAAUCAGAGCACUAUGUUUUCCUCUAUCAAACAUAAGCUUAGCCGUAAAGGCGCCGGCACUGGUAGCAAACGAGAUAGUGACAUCCAUCCACAACAAAAGAGCGCACCUUCCACGAGACGACCAGCACAACCAAGCAACAACCCAUUCUCAGCCAUGGGCGAUGCACCACCAGCAUAUUCUCCAGCUCCUAAUGCAGCGCCCGCCAUAACAGUAUCCGCGCCAGUAGAUCAGGGUGCGGACGAUCCAUAUGCCUUCCUCACAAGCUUCGACACGAUCUUCCUGAUCGACGACAGCGGCUCAAUGGCAGGUGGGCUAUGGCGCGAGACAGGCGAAGCACUCGAGACAAUCACUCCAAUCUGUACCGCCCACGAUCAAGAUGGCAUUGAUAUCUACUUCCUCAAUGCCAAAGACUCCGACUUCCAUCACAACGUCACGAGUGCCGCCACUGUUCGCGAAAUCUUCCAGACAGUGCGGCCCGGAGGCGGAACGCCCACUGGACAGCGCUUGAACAGCAUCUUAAGACCGUACCUUCGCAAGUACGAAAGCAGUCCAGAAACUGUCAAGCCGAUCAAUAUCAUCUGCAUAACGGACGGCGAGCCCAGCGAUGAUGUGGAGAGCCCUUUGAUCGCUGCUGCGAAGAAACUCGACAAGCUCGAUGCUCCAGCCUGGCAAAUUGGCGUGCAGUUCUUCCAGGUCGGCCGGGAUGAGCAGGCGAAACUUCAUUUGAAGCAGCUUGACGACGAGUUGGCUGAGAUUGCUGGCGACGAUGACUUGCGUGACAUGGUGGAUACUGUGCCAUUCACGGGCGCCGAGGGAACGCAACUCAACGGCGAAGGUAUUCUCAAAGUCGUUUUGGGUGCAGUCAACAGGCGUCUGGAUCGGAAGAAGAGUAAAGAUCUCCAUCGUUGA